CCCGGUCAAUAUAGACAUUUGAAAUAGCAAAAAUUUCCGGAAAGCUGAAUUUUGGUGGAAAGCUGGGGUUUACCAUUACAAAUAAAGUUUUGAAAAUCCCCAUCGAUCCUAUGUGUGUUACAAAAGUUAUUCGGGGUCAAAGGUCAAAAUUUUAGGUUUUUAGAAUUUUUCUCGAAAACGGUAAGUUAAAUCAAAAAAAGUUUUAAGCCAAAGUUAUAGACCUUAAAAUUCUCUACAAAAGUGGUAUUUACAAUUCUUCUCUUAAGAGUUACCAUCUCUGUCAUAUCGCAAAGCUAAGAGUCACAUUAUACAUGAUAUGCCUAUUUAAGCCACGUGUAUACAUGAUCCUUUUACUAAACUUAACAAAAUCGUAUCUAUUGCUUCUGGAGUUGUUGGUGACCAUAAGAUUAAUUACCAUAAAGCUUGUGAAGUUGGGAUUGCUUCUCUGUCUAGAAUGGUAGGUGAAAAAUUUUAUAGUAUAAAUUUAAAAGUCUCUGAAAAAGUAUUCCCUCUUUUAGCUGCGAGUAGCACCGUGAAAGUUCACGAAGAAGUAGCUAUAGACCCCGUAUUAUUAUUUCAACGUACGAGUCUCUCUAAAGCUUGAGGGUGAUUUUGAAUAAUUUUAUGAGUAUGAAUUAUCCCCUUACUUUGCUGCAGCUGCAUUGAAGUGAAGCUGCAGUGAUAAGCACUCUUCAAUGCAGCUGGAACGCGUAUAACUACAAUGUCAGCAAUUUACGAUUGCUUUCAAUCAGUCAAUACUGAGGUUGAUCACACAAAUGCUACUUACAUUAUUCAUGGAUACCUUCUCGAUCUCACACAACGUGUUUAAUUAUUUAUUUUCUGAAACCUGGACGAGUUCAACACCGUAUAGAAAUAUAUUCUUCACAAAGUUUAUCUGCUUAUCCCAAAUGCCAAAACUAUAUUUUAUUUUUACAUGCGAUAACCGGCUGCGACACAUCGUCAGCAAUGUACACAAGGGGUAAAAUGUCAAAUUUUGACCUUUCAGCCCGAAUAAUUUUUGUAGCACACAGGAUCGACGGGGAUUUUUAAAAUUUUAUUUUUUGUUAUUUUUGUUUUUGUGAAAUUUUUGUUAUUUGACCACUAUUUUUUUGUCUAAAUUGACCGGACUAUAAUGUGGCUAUAACUUACACAGAAAUACGAUGUACACCAUAGCUUCGACUUAAUAAAAUAUUGGCACACCAGGCCAUGUAAUGGUUAAACUUUCCAAUAUGGACCGUCGAUAUUUGAGGUUUUAGGGGAGGGGAUUGAGGGCUACCCUCCUAUGCCAUCCCCAACCUGCGAAGCCCCAUGGUUAUGGUUAUUUUAUAUACAUAUUUAAUCGCAGUUAGUAGUUCUUCGUAUGCAUCCAAAUGAUUUAUCAAAAUUCUUCAAAGAGUAGUAUCGAUACUUUCAAAAUAAUCGGAACUAUACACUAAGUGAUUGACGUUUGACAUCAAUUAUUUGUCAAAUAUAUUCUGUAAUGGCGUGUUGUUUACCAAUUUGUAUGAAGUUUUAAAAAAUGUAUCUGAUGAACCAUAAGUUUGCGCAACCGAAUACUUUGCAAAACUCUUUCUUUUAGUGAGUACUAUCUACAAUAAAUCAUGGGCUUUUAAAUCGACAAUCCAUAUUGGAAAGUUUAGCCGUUAUUGUAGUAAAUAAUUAUUAUUUUGCGAUCGGUGGCGGUGAUACAUAUUAUGGUAUGUUGUGAGUGACACGACAUACAUAACCAAAAGACUUAUGAAGUAGGUUUACGCAGACAAUCCGAAAUCAAAAUGACACAGGAAGUACCAUCACUUAGCCCACAGUGUAAGUUCUUUGUAGUAAGAAAGAAGCGAUUUUGUCGUAUGACGGUGCGCCCUGGAUGGAAUUACUGUGGAGAGCACCAACCUCAGAUAGGCACAAAAGAUGGAAAGGAUGAAAAGCGAAUACCUUGUCCAAACGACAAUAAACAUACAUGCUAUGCAAGCAAGCUACAAAAGCACCUCACCAUAUGUAAUGCUCGUCAGCAAGAGGUGCCACCAUAUAUCAAAUACAAUGUUAAUGCUCCAGCUGAAACCGGCCCUUUAAAACAACCACUUUCAGAAAUACCAACCACUGAGAUUGAGCAGAUUAUACAGAAAGUUAAUCUGCUAUUUGACACAUAUCUUAAAGAUAAAAUAGACACUAUGCCUGAUAGAGAAAUUCAUCCAGCUGUAAUGGGUGAAUUUUUAACAGAAGGAAGAACGGAGAGUUCUUUACGUCACUUAAGACAGGCAUCAAAGUUAAUGCAUAUAAUGGAAGAUGAGGGCUUAGUCAAAGACCAUACCUGUUAUGUUGAACUUGGAGCUGGCAAAGGUCAUCUAUCAUAUUUCGCGUGGCAUGCUUGGUGUCCAGCCGCAAGUGGCAGUUCCAUAUUGUUGGUAGAGAGAGCCUCCCUCAGACACAAGAGAGACAACAAGAUCCGGAACAUGCCUGACAAUUCAAAUAAUGUAGAAAACGUUGCCCAGAAAUUGAGUCCUGAAUUAUCUAAUAAAAAUAAAAUGGACUCAUAUGAAAAUAUUAACAAUUAUGAUAAUAAGGAUGAUGGUUGUAAAACAAAAUCGUUACAGUCAGCUAAUAUCAACGAAGGUUCCUUCAGAUUAAGAGCAGAUUUAGCUCACUUGAUACUAGAUCUCGUUCCAGCCAUACAGAAGAAUGAUAGUAUUGUAGGCUUUGCUAAACAUUUGUGUGGAGUAGCUACAGAUUUCUCGCUGCGCUGUCUCUCAUCGGCCAAUACGCUGCCGAAAACUCGUGGCGUGCUCAUAGCUACUUGCUGCCACCACCGCUGCAGCUCAAAUGGAUAUGUAGCUCACAAACAUCUGAUGGAACUGGGAAUUGAUAAAAGAGAGUUUAACAUAAUGAUAGGUAUCGUCUCGUGGGCCACCUGCGGGGACGGGCGCAGCCGGGACGAUCGAGGGAAGCGAAUCGUCGACGGGCCGAAGCCCGACUCUGUCCAGAGAGACUCGCGCCGUCGGCGGGAAGAAGUCGGGCGUCGGGCCAAGGCCAUCCUCGACUGGGGCCGGGUGCUCUACCUCAGAGAGUGCGGUUUCGACGCCCGUCUGACAUACUUCGUCCCCGACACGGUCUCACUGGAAAACCUUUGUAUUGUAGCUAAAAAGAUUUGAUGAUUUAUUAUUUUGUCGAAAUAUACAAUAAUGUAUAGAAAA